AUGCUACACAGGAAGCUGGUCCUUCGGAACGACGCGGAGCUGGAGCGGGUGCUGGAGAGCGGCCGCGGCCUGGAGGGCCCGUCGGCCGACCACUUUAUCGAGCGCGUCAACCGUCCCGAUUCGACGGGCGCGACGCCGCUGCACGCCGCCAUCUCCUCCGCCGCCAUCGCGGCCACGGUCAAGGCUGCGGGUCCAAAGGACCCGUGGGCGCCGGACUCGGGCGAGGGGCAGCUGCGCUGCCUCCGCCUCCUCCUCUCCUCCGGCGCGUCGGUCGAGCGCAAGUACUUUGGCCGGACGGCGCUGCACCUCGCCGCUGCCGCGAUCCUCGACACGGCGGCGGCGGCUGCCGCCGCAGCACACGCCGGAAGCACUGCGCUGCACCUCGCUUGUGCGGCGGGCGACAGCGAGGUGGUGCGGGCGCUGCUUGCGGGGGGCGCCUCCUCGUCCGCCAGGGAUGGGUUCGGCCGGUCGGCCGCGGGCGUGGCCGCGCGGUGCGGCUUCCUCGACAUCGCGGAGCCGGCGAAGCCCGCCAUCGGCCGCGUCGACACGGACACGGAGGUGACGGCGCACUCGCUCGUCGCGGCGCUGCAUGCGGCGGGCGGUGCGGUCCAGGCGGUCGCCGACGUCUGCGCCUCGCCGCGCCGCGCGCGCAACGCGUUUUGCGCCGUCCGGCCUCCAGGCCACCACGCCGGCCCUCGCGGCGCGGUGGGCGGCCAGUCUGCCGGUUUCUGCCUCCUCUCCACCGCAGCCAUCGGCGCGGCCUACGCGCUCGCCUGCCGGCGCGAGGUCGUGCGCCGUGUCGCCAUCCUCGACUACGACGUGCACCACGGCAACGGGACGCAGGAGUGCGUGCGCAACGUCCGACCGACCGAGCGCGUCGAGUCGUUCAGCGCGGCCGGCGCGACGCUGAGGCUGAGCCGCGUCGAGUGCAAGCCGUGGCUGUCGGAGGAGGACGGCGACAACGUCUUCUUCGGCUCGAUCCACGGUUUCGGCGAGGAGGGGGGCGGCGGCGGCCAGUUCUACCCCGGCUCGGGCGGGCCCGUCGACCAGAGCGCUGAGCCUUCCGUCAUCAACUCGCCGGUGGGGCUGCGCACGCCGUCGGCGCAGUGGCGUCGCUUCAUGAGCGAGAAGCUGCUCACGCCGCUCGCCGCCUUUGGCCCCGACCUCGUCAUCAUCUCUGCCGGUUUCGACGCGCACGCGCACGACCCUCUCGAGGCGGGCGCGCUGCUCGACAGCGACUUCGAGUGGAUGACGGCCGAGCUCGUCGGGCUCGCCGAGCGCUGCUGCGACGGGCGGCUCGUCUCGCUUCUCGAGGGAGGGUACCAGACCGCCGGCGGACCGCUCGCGUCCCUCGGCCGCGCCGCGGCGGCGCACGUCGCCGCGCUGAUGGACCCGACCCUCGUCGGCGUGCCUUGGGACGCGCGCGCGUGUGGCGAGCGGCUCGAGAGCGGCAUCGCCGCUGCGGCCGACCGCCGCUCCAAGCGCUCGCGCACAGACGUCGAUUACACGGCGCUCCAGGCAGAGAUCGAGGCAGAAGAGGGGGGCGGCGCGUGA